AUGCGGCUCUGGGACGCUGGCGAGCUCGGGUGGCCGGGGUCCCGGGUCCCCCGCGACCCUCGUCUCCUGGAAACUUUGUGCCGGCGCCCCCGCCCGCUCCCCCCGGUGGCUCUCGCAUCCUCCUGGCGGCGGGAGCGGAGAGGCCCCGCGCCCUCCGCGGCGCCCCCUCCUCGGCGCGCGGCGCCCGCCUCGCUGCCUCUCCGUGCGCCCCCCGGGCCGCCCCCCUUCUCGGCGGCGGACACCCUGGCCCCGGAGACGGGCCCUUGGGCUCCUCCGCUGGCAUCCCCGUCCGCUCCCCUCCCGCCCCCUGUGCCCUGCGGCCUCGCCACGGCCUCGCCACCCCUCGCCCCGAGCCGUGGGGGCCCACGGCGGCUGUUUGCAUCCGCCCAAGGCCUUUCUGGUGCAUCGGUGGGAGCAGCUUGA